CUAUGGCUGUGGUGCGACAGAACUACAUUUCCCAGAAUGCCAUUUUCUGUACAUUGGCUCAUGUUAUACAUGGGGGAAUAUGAGAGCGGCGGAGGAACCGAAAGCGACAGCAGAAUCCCUGGCGAUAAGUAUAACGAUAAAUAGUGGUCGUAAAAUGGGGGAAAUUCAAUGCCAAAUCACUCAGAACAGGCUGUCGUAAAAGGAAUAUCGUAUUUUGGUGUUCUGUUUUUUAUAACUAUAAAUUUGGCGUGGACUGGGGUAAGGCACCUCCCUGCCUGCUCUGCGCCGGGGUGUGUGCGCGUUUUUCGGUUAGGCUUCAUCGCAUCACCGCGCUGCAGUGUGUUACUGGAACCGACCUGAGGUGCCACGCCGCCGGUUACAGCUACCCUGCGCCGUCGGCCGAUACUAUGUCAGAAACAGAGAGAGACAAAGUAACACUGCGAAUCAAUCCUACUGACCUAUGCAAUGAAAAAAUGACUACUUUGCUCUCUAACAGCUGUGGUUUGUAGCCAUAAAGAAGUGCAAGUGUGCCGAAAAAUAGAGUGGAGCGAUUUUUGUGCCUGUUAUUAAAAAGCUUUGAAAAGCAGCGCAAUAGGCAGCCCGCAUGGAACGAGCAGGAAGCAUCCAACUUGAUAUUCCGGACUUCAGCAACUCCGUCCUGUCGCAUCUGAACCAGUUGCGAAUACAGGGCCGUCUAUGUGACAUCGUGGUCAAUGUUCAGGGCCACAGUUUUCGUGCCCACAAGGUGGUCCUCGCCGCCAGCUCCCCCUACUUCAGGGACCACAUGUCACUGAGCGACAUGAGCACCGUCUCCAUAUCAGUGAUCCGCAACCCAACCGUGUUCGAGCAACUCCUUUCAUUUUGCUACACAGGACGCUUGUGCUUGCAGCUCGCCGAUAUCAUCAGCUACCUGACGGCUGCCAGCUUCCUUCAGAUGCAGCACAUUAUUGACCGUUGCACUCAGAUUUUAGAGGGAAUUCACUUUAAGAUCAGUUUGUCAGAUGUGGAAGAGGAGCUUGGGAACGGGGCCCACAGGACCGCCAACCAAACCUUUGAGUCAGGAAGAGGUGGGACCGGGCUUGGUGGGUCCCGCUCCCUAAGUCCCAGGCAUACCAGUUCCCGAUUGAUUGGCAACACUGGGGUGAUCAACAUCCGUGAUGUGAGGGAAGUCAGAGAGAUCAGUCCCCCUGGGGAGUCCAUGAGCCCCCAGAUAGUGGAGCACAGUGGCAUUGGCUCGGAGGAGGUGGGAACUGGGAAAGAGCCCAUUCUCCGUAUUAACCGAGCCGGGCAGUGGUAUGUCGAGACGGGGACUGAGGUGGAGAGAGGCGGAGAGGAGAACGUGCGGAUGGUGGAUGGGUUUCGGAUUAAGACGGAAAGGAUGGAUGAGUGGAUGGGGGCGGAGACCCAGGCAUCGGCGGAGGAGGGCAGUGGGGCAGAGGAGGGGCCGACGGUGAUGAUUGACACCUCAGGACGUAGCACACUGGUUCAGGAAGGAGGAAGAGGUGGGAAAAGCUCCCAGCCGUCCAGUAGCUUCAGUGAAACAGAGAGGUUUAGUCCAACAGGAAGUGUGGUUGUAAUGGCUGAUCGCCAGAGAGCCAAGAGUGAGUCUCCAGGAAGAGUUGACGAUCAGAGACACCCCACCUCACAGGGAGAGGAACAAGCCGUGUUUGACAUGGGGGGAUAUGAGGAGUACUUACGAGAACAGGUAGGUGACCGGUGGUUCCGCUACAACCCCCGUCUCACCUGCAUUUACUGCUGCAAGUCCUUCAACCAGAAGGGCAGCCUAGAUCGCCACAUGCGCCUGCACAUGGGCAUUACCCCCUUCGUUUGCCGAAUCUGCGGGAAGAAGUACACCCGCAAGGACCAACUCGAGUACCACAUCCGUAAGCACACAGGAAACAAGCCCUUCCAUUGCCACGUCUGUGGCAAGAGCUUCCCGUUCCAGGCAAUCCUCAACCAGCACUUCCGCAAGAACCAUCCAGGCUGCGCCCCACAGGAGGUGUCCCACAGUGCCUCGCCCGAGACCACCACGGUCACCUCCCGUGGAGGCCAAAACGAAGAUGAGUCACCCUCCCAGGAGGAUGCCGAGGGCAAUGGUGGAGGGGGAGGUGCCGGCUCGUCCUUCGGAGAAGGGGUUCAACCUUCGGUAUCCACUACUGGGCCCGACUGAAAGGCUUUGAAGGAAAACGUUACAAGUUUAGGGAGACGCAGGACCUUAUCUUGAGAGUUCCCUCUGUCCCUUGUCUCCCACCAUCCACACUGAAAUUGCAAGUUGGAAGGAGUUGAGUGAGCAGGAGUUUCUCUCAGCUGCUGUCAACGAGGAAUGGAUCAAAUAAGAGAGAGUCUUCUGCAUCCUACUUGGAUGGAGAACCUUUAUUUUUUCCAGUGAUAACAAAGAUGCAAGGAACAAUUUGCUAGGAAUAGUAUUCUCUAGGGAUUUAUAAAUGGUAUUUCCGCUUUAAACCACAUCUACCUUCACCAUACAAACUGAACAGGACAUCAAUAUAUGAAGACAAGCCACACUCCCAACAACCUCACACACCACUGGAUGCAGUGAUUUUUGUUUUAUUUUUUUGUUUUCCUGUCUUUUAUAUGUUAAAUUUUUUUAUAUUUUUGUACUACUACAGACCUUUCAGGAUAAACUAAAAGAGAAGCUCUAGCUAUGAUUUGGUCAAAUUGCAUCGAAAUUGCCAAACGUCUCUGUGCCAGAAGAUGAGUUAUAAAAUGAGAGGACAUCGUAGUCCUUCGCUACUUUGCCUUGAGACAAUCUUGAUAAAUUAACCUGGGGCUAGACUUUGCACUCCCCAGCCAUGGCAAGCUUAGGAAAACGGGUUCAGUUUUUUAUUAGGGACCCUCAGGUCUGACCUAACAUCAGAUUCUUGAUUUAUUUUUUGUUUUGUGUUAAGUGCUGAUCCGGUCUGCCGUAGAACCGAAACGCAUUACUCACAAUUAGCCUCCACGCAAGGAAAUUGUAGUUAUAGAACUUCGGGUUUAUAACAAGAAACAGUCACGUCAUAUUAUUUUACUUUUUUAUUUUAAUAAUGUUGGUGGAAAUACUGUGAUAUAGGCACGCUGGUGAAAAGACGAAAGUAGAGUAUAGCAGUGACAUAUGUAUUUAUUUCACAUUUAAUUCUCGUUAAGGCCUUCAUACAUCUCCAAACUCAACAACUCAGCUGCUGAAUGUUGGCGAUACAGUGAUAUAAAAUACAGGAAAUCCUUCAACCUCAGAUAAGCUACAAUAGACCGCUCAGUUACCUCUCUCUCACAUCACUACGCAAUACCGAUCUGUCGCACGCAGAUGUGUGGAUGCACUCAGCCGAAUUUUAUGUUCAGUGUUUAUUUCUUUUCAUACGUUUUAAGUCACUCGUUGAGAUUUGCAAGUCUCACCAAAUUGUUUUACUGGUCUGCCGAUAUUUUGUUUGUAAGAAUGUGUUUGAGCAGGGGGAAAGGUGUCCCUCAGAGGACAUAACCUUCUUCCUUUUUUGUGUUAAGAGCACGGACUUGGUUGUCGAUGCUGUUUUGGAAAACAGAAACCGUAUGUCUGUGAUGACUGGGAAAUGCCGAAAUGCCACGGAAUGACUGAGUAUAAGAUUUCCCUUCAUCUGAUGGAAGGCACUUUAACCUUGGGCCAUUGGCUUAUGAACAGAUGUUUCCAGCUGGUGCUAUGACGUGAAUUUACUGAAGCUUUCAGUAACCAAAGGAACUGAAAUUUAUUGUGGAAGAUCUUAAACCUUCUUCAAUCUUCAAAGGGCGAAAAAAGAGAUUACAUCAGGCACUUAAAGAAUGGGUGGGGGUGUUUUUGUUUUGAGAAUAUUUGUAUAUCUAUAUACAUGUGCCACUUAUGCAUAUUUAGACAAAUUUAUACUUGUAAUAACUAUUCAGAGACAGUUUCUAGAAUGAUCAACAAAAAGCAAAGGUGUUUUAAGCUAAAGUAAAGCUGUUAUCAUUUUUAUAAGGCUGUGAAUCACACUUGGUUGUGACUGAUUUUUUUAGGAAAGGGUUGAUGCAUAUAAAAAUCAGCUACUGAUGUUUCCAAUAGGGAUUUUGUGCACCUCACUUCAUAUAAACGCAGGUUAGAACUUACUUUUACCAUUUCUCACAUCUGUGAACACAGGUCAGCAGGUAAACACUUCUUAUAAAUAUCAGGAACUCACUGUUUACUUUUUGUGUUUACCUUUUUUGGUUUGUACCAAGCAGAUUUUCUUACUUGGAAUUCUAGCUCUGGGUAACUUGGCUCGACAUACAGUAUUUCACAAGUGCAGCAAAAAAAAAAA